CGUGUACAUUCGCAAGUUCCUUUUGACUUCCGGGUCCGUGUAAACAGUGUGUUGAGCAAAUCAAUUUCACAUGAAAGAUGUCUAAAGUUACGUUUAAAAUCACGUUGACGUCGGAUCCCCGGCUACCAUACAAAGUACUUAGUGUUCCAGACAGCACACCGUUCACAGCUGUGUUGAAGUUUGCAGCAGAGGAAUUCAAAGUGCCAGCUGCGACAAGUGCCAUCAUCACAAACGAUGGGAUAGGGAUCAACCCUGCACAGACGGCAGGAAAUGUCUUCUUGAAGCAUGGCUCUGAAUUGCGCAUCAUUCCAAGAGACAGAGUUGGAGGAAGAGGACUCUACCUUUCCCCUUGAACAUCCUAGUGACUCACCAACCAGAAAACAAUGUCAACGUUUACCUGGGAAACAAAUGUGUGUGUCUGUGUGUGCAUGUGUGUUAGUGUGUGUUUGAGACAUCGACCCAUGCAGGCUUUUCAGCUGUGUCUGUAUUUACCAGGAGAUCACAGGGCCGUCCUCGACUAUGGAAACAUACAAACACACACAUUGAUUUAGUUUUAAAUAAGUACCUGGACAGACUCAUGGAAGACAGGAGUACUUCAAGUCAACAUUUUUUUUAUUUGCGUAUUUAAGUUGGAACAAAUUUGUAAACAAAUUAAUCUAACCGUGAAACAUUCAAUUGGACUUUUACAUAUAGUGCUUUGUACCUGUAACAGUCAUUAGUUGCCUGCCUAUCUUUAGUGCACAAUGAUCAGCUUUUGUUCAAUUUUGGAUUGGGUUAAUCUGUGUCUGUGAAACUGCCCUAAUAUCAUUCUUUAUUUUCAACAAAACAGUUUUACUCAUUGCUGAGAGCAUUUUAUGUGCCGUCAUUUCAAGAUUUAUUUGAGGACAGAUAAGAAAACUAUGAAUCGAUUCUUACUAGAAAAUGGUCUGCUUGUUGUUGGUCUGCAAAUACUUUGGAUUUGAGGAUCAGAAAUUAUGAAUAAAUGGUAAACACUG